GCCUGCGCCCUCGCCUUUGCCAUUACCGUAGAUCCCCGGCACAACGCUGCGGCACAGUGAUUUAGCCAACGAACCUGUCGAUCAAGCGUCAGUCGUUCGCUGAGUGCCAAACGAUAAACAACAAACAUUGAGUCGACCACCACUACCAACCGCCUCGCUGACGUUGUAAUCAGCUCCUAAAAAUUCCGCAACACAGAUACGAAGCACACAAAUAGAACCCAAACGCGCAGCGAAAAUACCCAGCAACCGAAUCAACGCGCGCAGGCAGCGAACAGCAGGCAAACCAAGCAAGCAACAAUCAGCCAGCCAGCCAGCAGAGGUAGCAAUCGAUCGACUCUGGGCCGAACGACCAGUUGACGAGUCUUUUAAUCGCGGUGCCACUAGAACAUUGAGUUCAUUUGCUGAACGAACGUCGAAGUGAGCAGAAGACUUGGUCGGAAGUAGCGCACGCGUUUAAGUCUAUAAAAGUCAAAAGAAAAUUACGUUGCGAGUGAACGGAAGACAUUAUCGAACGGAAAAACCUCGUAUUAAACGAAAGUGAAUUAAGUUCGAGCUCGCUUAAAAAAAAAUAAAAUAAAGUGGUGAAAAAUAUCAGAGAAAAAAUUAAAAAGACGUGAACUUCUAAAGAAGAAAGUGAGAAUAAAAUUUGCAGAACAUCAGAACAUUCAAUUAAUUGUAAAUGUGUAUGCUAUAAAUAAAUAUAUGUAAAUGCACAACUGAACAAAGAAACUGAAAAUAAAAACACUGAAAAGCUUUAAAAAUUCGUGAAAAAUAAAUUGCGUUUUGUGAUUUUUACAAUUAAAAUGGUAACUGGAGUAGCUGACCCAAGCAUGACAGCCAACGUUAUUGGAGCUCCGGUUGCGCCAACGCUCAAAGAUGCACCAACCGUCAAAAGCGAUCGUCGGUCAAAUAAACCAAUUAUGGAAAAACGCCGACGCGCUCGCAUCAACAACUGCCUAAAUGAGCUGAAAACACUGAUUCUGGACGCGACCAAAAAAGACCCCGCGCGUCACUCAAAACUAGAAAAGCUCGACAUUCUGGAGAAGACUGUGAAGCAUCUGCAAGAACUGCAGCGCCAACAGGCGGCUAUGCAGCAAGCCGCCGACCCUAAGGUCAUCAAUAAAUUCAAGGCCGGUUUCGCUGAUUGUGCCAACGAGGUCAGCCGCUUCCCUGGUCUGGAUCCCGCAGUGAAACGUCGCCUGCUUCAGCACCUCAGCAACUGCAUUAACGGCGUUAAGUCCGAGCUGCACCAGCACCAGCGGCAAAUGGCAAGCGCUCCAUCCCAGAUGCUGCCCUCACCGCCCAGCUCGCCCGAACAGGAUCAGCACCAUCUGCAGCAUCAACAUGUCGCUGCUGCUGCCACCGCUGGUAAUCCCUUCCUACUUGGGCGCGCAUUGCAGCACACAAUGAACGGCUAUUUCCUGCCCAAUGGCCUGCAAGUGAUCCCCACCAAACUUCCCAAUGGCAACAUAGCGCUGGUGUUGCCGCAACAUCAGCAGCACCACCACCAACAGCAGGCGCAGCAGCACACAACAACACAUAUGCAGCACCAACAGUUGAGCGCAGCUCAAGCCGCCGCCGCCGCCGCUCUAAUGACCAUGCCCACCCGCACCGCCUCCACCAGCUCUGCCUCUUCGCACAGCUCAUCCGUUUAUGAGCGCACCAUCUGUUCGCCGGCCAACAGUGUGACGCACUACGCACCCCCCAGCCCCGCCAACUCGUACGAGGCCAUGGACUGCAAACCCUCGGUCAUUCAACACGCGCCAACCUUUCCCAACAACAACAACAUCUGCAGCAGCAGCAACAGCAGCAACAGCAAAAUCCAGCAACCGCUCUCCCUGGUAAUCAAGAAGGACAUUAAAGUGGAGGAUGAACAGCCUUGGCGGCCAUGGUGAAGAGGCUGGCGCCAGCCGCGCGCGCGCACCCACCAAAAGAACUGGUCAACGCCCCCUUUCCAUAGAAACGAGGGGCAGACGUGAUGAAUACCAAAGCUAGGAGAGCUGACAAUAGCUGGCGGCGGCAGGCGGUUGCGUUCGCCAGCAGAU